AUGGCUUUCACGAGGAGCUCAGCAAUCGAUUACGACCAGCCACAAUCAUCUCCCUACGAACAAUCAAGAAUCGUUGUCACUACCGUCGGAAACAAGCACUACUCUAUUCCAGAAAAUUAUAUCCCAGGGCAUCUGCUAGUCCAAGCAAGACAGUCUCGGUCACGUAUUCUACUCAGAGACGUCGACGCGGAUGUUGGCCACACCAUCUUACAUUUCCUAUACAAAGGGAAAUACGAAACAGUCUUCCGCGCGGAAAAUCAAAGAAAGACACACGAAGUUGAGCUUGAAUAUGAGAGAAGCGUCCAGGUUUACUAUGCCGCCAGGAAGUAUAAAAUAGAGGGCCUCGAUGCGCUUGCCCAAAACUACAUCUUGGCUCUCGGUGAAACCCUGUCAAUUUUCCAGAUCCUACGAACAGCCAGAUCGAUAUUCUCAAAAUUGCCUGAGAAUGAAGAAUGGUUUCAUCGCUAUUUAGACUCCAAACUUUCUAGCAGCUUUGCGGAGGAUGAGACAACAUUUCAGCUGGACGAGUUCUACAAGGAAAUCGUGGAUGAUCCAGCAUUCAGCAAAGCUGUAGUGAAGAUUAUAGUCAAGGCCUUUAUUACCGAGACCUCACGUUUGCGGAACAUUCUUACAGUUACCGGCGGCGGCAUACCCCAAUCUGGGCCUACCGAAGACCACAACGGAGAAUAUUGUCUUGAAGUGCUGUCCAAAGAAUAUAGCCCUGGAAUUAGCUCAUCUCCAUCCGCUUCUGAUCGGAACCGUCCGUGUGGUGAGCCCGCAAUUGAGCUCCUUCCAGUUGAUUGCGAAGAGGCCAAUUCAGAACUCCACUACAAUCACGAGGAGGGUGGUGAUUGGGGUUGGGGCUUUCGAGGAUCAGACGCGACGAAGAAGAACAAGAAGCGACCAUGUAAGCAGCAAGUUGAGUGUGACUGA